UUCUGCGAACUCGCCCACUUCGCCACAGCCAGAUAAAUCCAACAUACAGUAGCAAACACCUGGCCAUCUAAUAUAAGGGGAGACAUCCUCGGUACUCGGGGAGAUGGGAUCUCGCAAUUACCUUCCUUGAGGUGCAGUACCCCUAAAGCUUAAACCCCUUUCAUUCAUCAGCAUUAAGGCCAACCUCUAACGAUAACAUCUAAGUGCUUUCUCUCUGACAAUAUUAUACACGCUUAUUUACACACACAUAUAGUACAUGUAUACAUGUGUAUGCAUAUAUUUUUGUAUGUGUCAGUAUUAUUAUCAUUAUAAUUAUCAUUUUUAUUAUUCUUUUACAGAAUCUAUAAUGGGAAACUGGGGAUCAACUUCAUCAGCCAACCACUCAGCAGGCUCACAGCCAGCAUCAACAGUCAUCAGCUCAACAAGUUCCUACUCGCCAGCAGCGGCCGCCCACUCAGCAGGCUCACAGUCAGCAUCAACAGUCAUCAGCUCAACAAGUUCCUACUCGCCAGCAGCGGCCGCCCACUCAGCAGGCUCACAGUCAGCAUCAAGAGUCAUCAGCUCAACAAGGUCAUACUCGCCAGUUGCGACCGCCCACUCAGCAGGCUCACAGUCAGCAUCAUCGGCCAUUCACCUAGUAAGCCAUACUGGUCUACAGUCGACAAAUGUCAGUACAUCGCAGAUUAGCAGUCUAAAUAGUCAGCACAUAAACAAUUCAGGAAACAAUGUAGCAAUAAAGCCUUAUACUGUAAAGGCUGCUCAACAAACUGAACACUGUGUAAAUGAUUAUGUCAUUCCUAAUCUGCGAACAAAUAAUUUAGAACAAACACAAAUUGUAAAUAUCCCACUGAAUUUUAUACCAGAUAAAUUUGGGUUACGUGUAUGCCCCCAAUACAAUAGUAAGAAUGGGUGCCAUGCUAUGCUUUGCCGGCGAUUCCACAUAUGUCUUUUUUGGGCAAAGGAACAAUGCAAAAGCAAUAAGUGUGACUAUGCUCACGAUUUCACUUCAUACCAUAAUACACUACUUAGGAAUACAUUCUCUAACAGAAAAAGCUUCGAUAUCCCUGAAUGUAUUCGGGAUAAUCACAGACGCAUGAAAUUUAAAAAACAAGGUUCAAAUGGUGAAAUAUGUAUGUUUAGUAUCAGGAACAGAUGUACAACAAGCGGCUGUACCAGAGUUCACGCUAAAAUUCCUUACCAAUGGGAGGUUCAGAUUGAUGACUCAUGGACAAAAUUUUCUCGCAGACAGACCUACUACCUAGAAGAAAUGUUCAGUCGACCAGACAGUGAAAAGAUUGAGCUUCCUUCCCUGGAACGCAACCUUCGAACCCAUUCAGAAUUUUCAAAAUUCUUUUCCUUUUUGUCCAAGAGUAAAGUGUGGUUUGUGAAUUUUGAGACCAUGAAACUUCACUCUGAGCACAGCUGUAAGAACAUACGUAGACUAUCAACUCCCUCAGAUAUUAUGGUAGAUAUUAAUUUAGCAACACGGUGGAUCUGGUACUGGGAAGAUGAUAGCGGUAUUUGGCACCCAUACACUGAUGGAGCCAGCGAAAAAUUCUACAUAAUUUCACUUAGUGAUCAAAUGGAAUAUGAGAAAAGUGUUAGAUCACAAAAUAUGCAAGUAAAAAUGAGUGGCAAUCCUUACAGUAUUAACAUUAUGGACAUGUAUCAGCAAAAUAGAGAUACCAACAAAAUAAGGAAAAUACGAAGAAGACCAUCAUGUCUCCCUUCAAAACAAGAUGCUUCAUUCAGUAGUCAGUUUUUAAAUCUGUCAGAGAAUAGAAACUUUUUGAGACACCCUGUCAAUGUAACCUCUUCUGAAUUUAUGUAUAUCAAAGGGCUGCUGCAAAUCGGAAUGGGGAAUAUUCGUGUCGCAACCAUGGAACGCAUUCAGAAUAAUCAUCUCUGGAAAGCUUACCAAAACAAGAGAAAACUUCUUUUGUCCAUAUACAAAAAUGAUGCAUCCCUUAUCAACGAACAGUACCUGUUCCAUGGGACAAAGCAUGGAGCAAUCGACUUGAUCUGCAGUGAAAGCUUUGAUUGGCGGCUGUUUGGCACCAACGUAGGCAAUGUCUAUGGUAAAGGGACAUAUUUCACAAAUGAUUCAAGAUUGUCAAAUAGCUACAGUGAAAGCAAAUCAGGUUUAAAAGCAGUAUUUGUGGCUUUUGUCCUUGUAGGAACAAUGACAAAGGGAAACAGAGACAUGGAGAUUCCUCCCCAAAAUACUGAAUUUGGUAGGUGCUUUGAUACCACCUGUAAUAAUGAUUUUGCACCCAACAUCUUUGUAAAGUAUAACAAAGACGAAUAUUAUCCUGCAUAUAUUGUCAAGUACUAUGAUGGAGAUUGCCGGUACUGAGAAAGAUUUAUAUUCUUGAGUUCAUAGAGUAAUAAUAUUAGCAAAUUCAGAACCAGAAUAUUUAGAAGUAUGCUUUAUGUUAUGGUUUCGUAUAGAGAAUGUACUGUAGAGAAGUCCCCACAACUGCACUUAGUCCUCACUGAAAAAUACCUGGCAGACCUUUCUUUAGGAUUAGUAGGUGAUUGAUAGGCACUCUUACAUGAGUGACGUCAGUGUUGGUCAUUCCAACGAUAUUCUAAUUAUUUGUAGACACAAGGUAACAGACGCUCCCAAAGACGUUGAAGUCUGACCCAUUUACAUAUAGACCUAGAAAAAAACUAGAGAUCAAGACAGUUAUGUUAUUGAUAAAAGUUUAGAUUAACCAAACAGGUACUUGAAUAUAUUAAAGGGUAACCGAUGAGAGGAAACUUAUGGAUACGCAUUUAUGCUCUAGUUAUUACUACUGCUACUGUCAGAUCUUUUUUUUUUUUUUUUUUUUUUUUUUUUUUAUUCUAGUAGUUGUAGUUGUUCUGUUUAAGAUAUGUCGUGUGUCCAUACUGUAUAUUAGAAAAAAUAAAAAGAACUAGUUACGGCGAUCUUUAGAGUUACACUGACUGAUAAACAGCCUUGUUUCAAACGUAUUUAGGCUUCAGCCAUCAGAGUUAAAGUGAACAGAUACCUUAGUGUCUGUCUUGCGACUCCGACUACUGCAUUUUGUUUUAUUUGUGACCAGCAGAUGAAUGUAAGAGCUGGAAAAAUUCUGUCAGACCAUGCAACUAUUUUUUUUAAAGUUCACCUGAAGUCUCAUUUUCAGCAGAGAUUUCCUACAAGAUUAUUUUAUGCCUUUGAUUAGUGAUCAGAAACGCUAAUACAUGUUACCAAUCGAAGUCAACUUUCCUGAUGAUUGCAAUUUACUAUUGACAGAAAAAAAAAAAAAAAAAAAAUUUGCUCGGCGUCUGUUAUACAUACAAGACCCUUCCAAAUGUGUCCACUUUAUUACAUAAAGAAACUGCUGUCUUCGGAACAUUUGCUCGGCGUUCUGUUAUACAUACAAGACCCUUCCAAAUGUGUCCACUUUAUUACAUAAAAGAAACUGCUGUCUUCGGAAGUCACAGAAGGAGGGGCUACUAGGGCUGCCUCCCCCAAUGGAGCUUUCUAAAGAACUAAACCCAGUUUUUGUAGUGUUAUAUAAAGUUGGUUUUUGUUAGAUCAUAUCAUACAUAUAUAAUGCAUAUUCAGUUAACCACGAUUUGCAGUGGUUGAGGAACCUAUCAUGCUUAUGGUUAAAAACAAAAUAUUUGGGCGUCACUGAUAUGACAGGUUAACUAGUGAUAUUACAUGCAUCAUAUUUUCUUUUGUUUUGUACAAUAGUUCUGCAGAGAUUUGCAAAAUUAUAUCUUAAGACACUGUUCUGAUUUACUUGUUGAAUUGAUUUACCUGUUGAAUUAACCAUGCUAGAGCAGAACAACUGAGGUUCAGCAGCAUUUGUAAAGAGAUCUAUCAUGCAACAAGCUUGUUUGAAAAGAUACUGAUAAAAUAAGUGAACCAGUUAGACUUCAUGCUUUAUGUUGACUUUUUAAAAUGUACUGUAGUAUGGUGUAUACCUCAGUACAAGAACGCACCCGGAUUCGCGGAUUCACUUAUGUGAAUGGUGAUCAUCAUGCACCACUUGUGGUGAACACGAAAUGAAUUUCAGGUCCGAGAGAGCUUGUAGCCCACACCCAACCCCUUCACAACUUGGAAAGGUGGCAACCCCUUGCCUGAGUCAGCAGCAGUUGGCCAGUAACCUCGGUUGUGAAGGGAGUGUUGAGUGUGGGCUAGGCAGACUCUUGUGUUCAAGAGAUUUUUUUUUCAUGUUCAGUGUCAUUGCCUGUACAUUUUCUGUAAAUGAACUCAACUGUAAUAUAUGACAUAGGUGACAGCAAUAAAUGCCGUGAAAAAUA